ACAGAAACCACCAAAAUCCAUUACUGUCCAAAACUAUGACUCUCUCUCUUACAGCCUUUCUCCUGCUCACAGUCAUCGUCUCCACGGCGUCCCCACUGCCACUCCGGCCGAGAUUCUACUCAGAAACUUGUCCGGAAGCCGAACUUAUAGUAAGAAACGCCAUGAGAAAAGCUCUGAUCAGAGAACCAAGAAGCGUUGCCUCCGUUAUGCGCUUUCAGUUUCAUGAUUGCUUUGUUAAUGGCUGUGAUGCAUCGAUGUUGCUGGAUGAUACACCAAAUAUGGUCGGAGAGAAGCUGUCUCUUUCGAACAUAAACUCUUUAAGGUCUUAUGAAGUUAUUGAUGAAGUGAAGGCAGAGUUGGAGAAAGUCUGUCCAGUUACUGUUUCUUGUGCUGAUAUAAUUAUCAUGGCUUCUAGAGAUGCUGUUGCUAUGAGCGGAGGACCGGAUUGGGAAGUGAAAUUAGGGAGAGAAGACAGCUUAACAGCAAGCCAAGAAGACGCGGACAAUGUAAUGCCAAGUCCGAGAGCCAAUGCGAGCUAUCUAAUAGACCUAUUUGCGAAAUUUAAUCUUUCUGCCAAAGAUCUCGUAGCCCUCUCGGGGUCGCAUUCAAUCGGGCAAGCGAGGUGUUUUUCCAUUGUGUUUCGACUCUAUAAUCAAUCCGGAACGGGCGAACCGGACCCGACUAUCGAGCCAAUGUUCCGAGAAAAGCUAGACAAGCUAUGUCCAACGGGCGGAGAUGAAAAUGUAACGGGAGAUCUUGAUUCAACUCCGUUAGUGUUUGAUAAUAUAUAUUUUAAAGAUUUGGUUGCGGGCAGAGGUUUUCUUAAUUCGGAUCAAACACUUUUUACAUAUUCCGAAACAAGAAAAUAUGUUAAUCGGUUUAGCAAGGAUCAAUCCGCGUUUUUCGACGAUUUUGUUGAGGGAAUGAUAAAGAUGGGAGACUUGCAAUCGGGGCGGCGAGGGGAGAUCAGAAGUAAUUGCAGAGUUGCUAAUCGCCGGCCUGUUAAUGAAUUGUUGGAGUCUUAGAAAAUUAAAACUAAUUACUACAUUUCAUAGUGGAAAAAAAUUGAUUGGUUACUAUCAAUUUAAUGUUUGCCUUUCGGUUGGAAUCUUUGAAAGUCAAAUCGUUACCUUAAAGAAAGAAAAAGGGAUUCUGUAUUCAUAUUACAAAAAUUAAUUAAAGAAUGAUUUUUCAUUAAA